CAUGUCUCCCACCAGUGGAAGUACGUUCGAGAAGCUCUCACGACUUUCGAUGGCACCUCUCGCUAGGAUGGACAGAAAGAACAGAUUGCUUGCCUACGCUUAUGCUGCAUUUUUCGCCGUCUUUGUGUUGAUCGUUGCAGUCGUCAACCUAGGACAUCAACUCCUCCCAGCAGCACCUGCCAUUAGAUUGAGAUACAAGGAGACUUCGCCAUACAAUCCAAGAAAGGUUGCACUCCUUAUCGAAAACCGACCGUCACCGCAACUCAUCCCGCUACUGCUGCACUUCACGGCAGUCGUUCCAAGCGAUUGGCGAGUCAGAUUCAUGGGCUCGGAUGAAUCAGUGGCUUCAGUGAACAGCUCGGUGGCUGUCCAAGACCAAGUGAACAUCGGGAAGAUGGACAUUACCUAUAUCCCUAGCAACAUGAGUGUUGCCGGUACAGAGCAAAUCAGUACAUUCUUGACGAACCUUUGGGUUUACGAGACUCUUCUAGCGCCUGCAGAAUGGCUGCUCGUCUUUCAAACCGACAGCAUGCUUUGUGCAAACUCGGAGCAAAGCUUGAAUGACUGGCUCGACUACGACUACGUUGGUGCUCCCUGGAGCCUGAACGACAAGGGUGGCGGUAAUGGUGGCCUUUCACUCCGCAAGGUCAGCAGUAUCAUCGAAGUCCUCAAGCACCAGGUACGCUUGCCUAAGAGCGAGCCUGAGGAUGUUUGGCUCAGUAACCGUCUAAACCAGCGAGUGGGGGCAAAAGUUGCCAAUGGUACUACGGAGAACAAAUUCUCUGGUGAGAUGAUCUCUUCGUCAAGUCCCAUGGGUUACCAUCUCGGAGGUUCUGGCAAAAUUUUGCAUGGUGGUAGCUGGGGCACACCAGAGAAGAGAGAACGUAUUUAUGAGUGGUGUCCAGAAGUCAAGAUGAUCUUGAGCAUGGAUGGCAAACAAUGGUUGCCUGGUGACUGCAAGGCCAAUUGGAAGAGAACGGAGGGCGAAGACUUUGAACUCAUUGCAUUC